AUGGCUACCCACUGGGGGGAUAUGCCCGCUCCGAGAAUGAAUGCGACCGAGAGGCAGACCAUGUUGGAGUGGCUUUAUGAAGGCGAGUCCUAUGAGGUGACCGACUUCGUCCAGAGUGGUGGCCACAACUUUGAUUUCAACUUGGUGGAUGAGGUUUGGGGAACACCCCUCCUCGCCAUCCUGGCUGGGAAAAUGUGGAGGCCGUCUCAGACCUCGGAUCAGACAUUCCGCGCAAAGAAGCACCUGGCAGCUUUCUGCUUGAUGGCUGGCGCAAAUCCAGAACAGCAUGCGCCGGAGUCAUGCAGGUGGAGAGUGUGCAUUGGCGGGGCAUCUGCACCCCUAGCUGGGAACUCGCCCAUCUCGCUCACAAGUGGCUGGACUUGGGUUUUGUUUGUGCAGUUCCCUGCAACAACAAGCGCACAUGUGUAG